GGCUCCCUAGCCUUUGGCUGGGUGCAACUUCCAUUUUAGGUGCUGGAUCUGAGAGAAAAAAAAGAGGGAGAGAGACAGAAGACCAGGAAAGAUCCUGAAAGGAGGAAGAGGUGGCGAAAAAAUCAACUACCUUGCUGGAUUUAUCUGUCUCAACACAUUGACGAAGCCUUGGGUUUCUUUCUUAAAGGACUGGUUUAUAGAAGUCCACAUUUGAGCUCUCUCCUUCCUGCUUCCUCCUUGCUGUGGUGGUGGCUGGGAUGCUUCUCCCAUGACUUUUCGAAUCUAGACUGGGCUGUUCUCUGUGUUAAAACAAUCAAUUACGACCUUCUCUUAACAGUGUGAAGUGAGGGGGGCCUUCUCCCUCCUUCCUCCUUCCUCUGUGAGCCACCUUCCUUUUUACCCUGCCCUGCGGCGACUCUGCCCCUUACCUUCAUGGACGACUCAGAGGUGGAGUCGACCGCCAGCAUCUUGGCCUCUGUGAAGGAACAAGAGGCCCAGUUUGAGAAGCUGACCCGGGCGCUGGAGGAGGAACGGCGCCACGUCUCGGCGCAACUGGAACGCGUCCGGGUCUCACCACAAGAUGCCAACCCACUCAUGGCCAACGGCACCCUCACCCGCCGGCAUCAGAACGGCCGGUUUGUGGGCGAUGCUGACCUUGAGCGACAGAAGUUUUCAGAUCUGAAACUCAACGGACCCCAGGAUCACAGUCACCUUCUCUAUAGCACCAUCCCCAGGAUGCAAGAGCCAGGGCAGAUUGUAGAGACCUACACCGAGGAAGACCCUGAGGGAGCCAUGUCUGUUGUCUCUGUGGAGACCUCGGAUGAUGGAACCACUCGCCGCACAGAGACCACAGUCAAGAAAGUAGUGAAGACUGUGACAACACGGACUGUACAGCCAGUCCCUAUGGGACCAGACGGGCUGCCUGUGGAUGCCUCAUCGGUUUCUAACAACUAUAUCCAGACUCUGGGCCGUGACUUCCGUAAGAAUGGCAAUGGGGGACCUGGUCCCUACGUGGGGCAAGCAGGCACUGCCACCCUUCCCAGGAACUUCCACUACCCUCCUGAUGGAUACAGCCGACACUAUGAAGAUGGGUAUCCAAGUAGCAGUGAUAACUAUGGCAGCCUAUCCAGGGUGACCCGCAUUGAGGAACGGUAUAGGCCAAGCAUGGAAGGUUACCGAGCACCUAGUAGACAGGAUGUCUACGGGCCCCAGCCUCAGGUCCGGGUAGGUGGGAGUAGUGUGGAUCUGCAUCGCUUUCAUCCAGAGCCUUAUGGUCUAGAAGAUGACCAACGUAGCAUGGGCUACGAUGACCUGGAUUAUGGCAUGAUGUCCGAUUAUGGCACUGCCCGUCGGACUGGGACACCCUCUGACCCUCGCCGACGCCUCAGGAGCUAUGAAGACAUGAUUGGUGAAGAGGUGCCAUCAGACCAGUAUUAUUGGGCUCCUUUGGCCCAGCAUGAGCGGGGAAGUUUAGCAAGCUUGGAUAGCCUGCGCAAGGGAGGUCCCCCACCCCCCAAUUGGAGACAACCGGAGCUGCCGGAGGUGAUAGCCAUGCUAGGAUUCCGCCUGGAUGCUGUCAAGUCCAAUGCAGCUGCAUACUUGCAACAUUUGUGUUAUCGCAAUGACAAGGUGAAGACUGACGUCCGGAAGCUCAAGGGUAUCCCAGUACUGGUGGGAUUGUUAGACCACCCCAAAAAGGAAGUGCACCUUGGAGCCUGUGGGGCCCUCAAGAAUAUCUCUUUUGGACGUGACCAGGAUAACAAGAUUGCCAUAAAAAACUGUGAUGGUGUUCCUGCCCUUGUGCGAUUGCUCCGAAAGGCUCGUGAUGUGGACCUCACUGAAGUCAUUACAGGAACCCUGUGGAAUCUCUCAUCCCAUGACUCAAUCAAAAUGGAGAUUGUGGAUCAUGCCCUGCAUGCCUUGACAGAUGAAGUGAUCAUUCCACAUUCUGGCUGGGAGCGGGAACCGAAUGAAGAUUGUAAGCCACGCCAUAUUGAGUGGGAGUCAGUGCUCACCAACACAGCUGGCUGCCUUAGGAAUGUCAGCUCAGAGAGGAGUGAAGCUCGCCGGAAACUUCGGGAAUGUGACGGUUUGGUGGAUGCCCUCAUUUUCAUUGUUCAGGCUGAGAUUGGGCAGAAGGAUUCAGACAGCAAACUUGUGGAGAACUGUGUUUGUCUUCUUCGGAACUUGUCGUAUCAAGUUCAUCGGGAAAUCCCGCAGGCAGAGCGUUAUCAAGAGGCACCACCCAAUGUUGCCAACAAUACUGGACCCCAUGCUGCCAGUUGCUUUGGGGCCAAGAAGGGCAAAGAUGAGUGGUUCUCCAGAGGGAAAAAACCCACAGAAGACCCAGCAAACGACACAGUGGAUUUCCCUAAAAGAACUAGUCCCGCUCGAGGCUAUGAGCUUUUAUUUCAGCCAGAGGUGGUUCGGAUAUACAUCUCACUCCUCAAGGAGAGCAAGACUCCUGCCAUCCUAGAAGCCUCAGCUGGAGCUAUCCAGAACUUAUGUGCUGGGCGUUGGACAUAUGGUCGAUAUAUCCGCUCUGCUCUGCGUCAAGAGAAGGCUCUUUCUGCCAUUGCUGACCUCCUGACCAGUGAACAUGAGCGGGUAGUGAAAGCUGCAUCUGGGGCACUGAGAAAUCUGGCUGUGGACGCUCGCAACAAAGAAUUAAUCGGUAAACAUGCUAUUCCUAACUUGGUAAAGAAUCUGCCAGGUGGGCAACAGAGCUCUUCCCAGAAUUUCUCAGAGGACACUGUGGUCUCUAUUUUGAACACCAUCAAUGAGGUCAUUGCUGAGAACUUGGAGGCUGCUAAAAAGCUUCGAGAGACACAGGGUAUUGAGAAGCUGGUGUUGAUCAACAAAUCAGGGAACCGCUCAGAAAAAGAAGUUCGAGCAGCAGCACUUGUAUUACAGACAAUCUGGGGAUAUAAGGAACUGCGGAAGCCACUGGAAAAAGAAGGAUGGAAGAAAUCAGACUUUCAGGUGAAUCUAAACAAUGCUUCUCGAAGCCAGAGCAGUCAUUCAUAUGAUGAUAGCACUCUUCCCCUCAUUGACCGGAACCAGAAAUCAGAUAAGAAACCUGAUCGGGAAGAAAUACAGAUGAGCAAUAUGGGAUCAAACUCAAGAUCAUUAGAUAACAACUAUUCCACACUGAAUGAGAGAGGGGACCACAACAGAACACUGGAUCGAUCCGGGAAUCUAGGCGAAAUGGAGCCAUUGAAGGGAACACCCCUGAUGCAGGACGAGGGACAGGAAUCUCUGGAGGAAGAGUUGGAUGUAUUGGUUUUGGAUGAGGAGGGGGACCAAGUGUCUCCCCCCACCAUGCAGAAGAUUUAGCACCAUGAUCUCCACUACAUCUGGGCAUAUAAUAUAUGUACUUUUAUUUUUUGGUGGUGAAGUGGACUGAUGAUUUUCCCCUUUCUUCGCUGGACUAUUGUGCCAACUGCCAGGCUGCCUGCCUCCUGCCCUUAUAGCCCCAAGUGGCUGCCUUCUUUCCAUCGACUCCUAAUUUCUUCCAAUGAAGUUUAAUUGUCCCUCCUCCCUACUCCAGAUCCUCUCCAGUUGCUCCCAGGAACCCUGACUCAGUUAUAUGCAUAUCUUGAGAAACUGCUGCAGAUUAGCUCUUUCUUCCAGCUCUCCCUGGAACUCUUGGCCUAUGUGGAGGGAGGGAGAGAGAGUGGGAGUCUUCACUGGACGCUGUGGGAAGAAUUGGAAGCCACGUGCUAUAUAUGCAUUAUACAGCAAUUUGAUAAACUGAUGAUUCUUAAUCAAGAUUUUUUUUCCUGGUGGGGAAGGGACUUUUUGUUGGUAUUGUGUUUUUGUUUUUUUUUUUAAAUGGGAAGUGUGAGCUCUUCCCUUAUUCCUGAUGACUAUUUUUGAAGCAAAGAAGGCUGGCAAAAUUGGCACAUACCAUCUGGCAAGGGCCCUUGAGUAAGUGAAGGUCUCCCAGAACUGAGUUAAGAAACCUGGCUUUCAUCUCCAGGGCAGGGACCAUCAAGGACUCACAGACUCCCAUCUCUUCUCCAAGCCUCAUGCCAACCCUGGGGUGCUGCCACUGCCCCUUACUGAGGCCGUCCUUAAUCCUCCUCUUCCAUCCUGUGAUAAUGUCUGCUGACUUGGCUUUGCCAUUUGCAAGAGGCUGUAGAAAGAGGAGAAUGUGUCAAGGAAGACUUUUUGGGUGAGAAGGAGCAGAAAGAUGUCUUCUGGGGUGGAGAAGGAACCUCUAGGAGGAUCUGGUAGGAAUGUACAUGAAUCAGUUAGUCUGAAACUGGCAGGAAGUUCAAAGCUGGCUUUCCCUUGCCCUAUUUCUUUAUUUCCCACCUUUAUAACCCUGUCCUUCCUGCUUGCUCCCUGGAUUGGUUGGCUGACUAAAGGACUUGAUGUACAUACUUCUGCCCCCUUUACCCUAAAAGGUGGGGGUCGCCCCUGGCUUUGCCUCUUCUUUGUGCCUUUGGCCUGGGGUGCAUCUCCUCCUUCCUUUCCAUGUGCCUUUCUUUGCCUCUGCAGUCUCAUUUGUCAUGAUUUUUCAAAUUAUAUUUUGUUGAUUCGUACCCACUAUUGGCCCUAAAUAGCAGAAAGAAGAGGAGAGGUGACCUAGAGACCCUCAGAUUUUCCAGUGGGAAUUGGUAUAGCCUCUAAUUUCAGCCAUAGCAUGCUUUUGCUCAACAGUGUAUAGAUGGGGUUUGCAAAAAUCCUGUUCUGAUGAAUCUCUGUACCACAGGCCGACGCUCUAACCGCUGAGCCAAACCGGCCAGGGCCUGUUCUGAUGAAUCUCAAAAUGAGGUUGGUAGAAGGAGUGAGUGGCAUGACUCUUACUCCUUAGUUGCCCAGAGUGUACCAUCAUCUCCAAAGGGGCUGCAGGGGAGUCAUGCCUGCCCUCCACCCCGACACCUCCUUUCACUUUGGUAUAUACUAGCUGGCUGGGCUAGAGGAAUCAGCUGCUGUGCUGGUUGGGUUUUUUUUGUUUUUUUUUAGUCCUUUUUCUUACUUGCCUUUGACUCCUCCGGUUAAUCUAAAAGCUCUGUUCAAUGCAAACUGGAAAUCUUCAUCCUUCUCCUCUCUCCCCUCCCCUUAUAUAUGGAGGCUGUGGGGGUAAGAGAAAAGUACACAACCCACUGGCCUCCCCCCUUCCCUAUGCAUUAACAUUUCCUAUUUACCCUUUUCUGUCUUCCCAUUUCUUCCCACUCCUUUUCUGGCAAAAAGGAGCCUUUUCCUCUCUGACCCUAAGAGCAUACUGCACAGGGGAAACUGCCCCUAUCUGAACCGGGCCCACUCUUGGUUUCUCUUGUCCUCUCUGCUCUUUUGCUGGUGCUCUUUUUCUUGGUGGGGUGUGGGUAAUAGAACAGCCAUGGGCUUUUUGGGGACCUUUAACUGUCUUGUUGUUUUUUUUUUUUUCAUUUAUAGAAACACUAAACAUUCAAUUCCAGAGAACCAAAAAUUGCACCUUCCCACCGAACACUACUAAGGGGCAUGUCUUCUGCUCCAUACCUUUUCUGUUUUUCUUUCUCUUGUUAAUGCUUUUAAAAACAAAUGAGUUUUUUAUAUAAAUAAAGUUUUUAAAGUGUGUAUGUAGGGGGUCUGUGUCAUUUCUUCACUUCAAGCUGUCUCUCUUCCCUCCUUUCAGCUUGGUUACUUUUUUAUAUACUAAUGUUCUUUUUCUCCCCAGAGCACCAAGAAGGGGGUUGUACCAGGGUGGAUUUAUUUUGAAAUCAAUCUCAACUUUAUCAAGCAACAUUCUUUUUAAUUAUAUAUGGUACAUUAUUCUUCUGAAGAUUCUUAAAAACUAAAUGUGAUUAAGUAGAGCAUGGGAAGCUUAUUGCUAACUUAGAGAUAUGAAAAUGAAGAAUAAAGAAUUAAUGGCUUCCUUAGUCACUGGGAUUUUGCAACAUUGAAUAAAGCCCAUUGCAAUACAAGGUCCUCUUGAACAUAACAUUUAUGAGUAGAAGAUUAGAAGCUACCACUGCCCUUCUAAUACGAAAAUGUAGAAUAAAAAGGCUCAUGUAUAGAAGUACUAAAAAUUGGGCCAUACUGUUGCUUCUCAGGCAAUCUGCAACCCCUUAGUAGGGAGACAUGGGACCGGCCUGUGGCUUUCUUUUGUCCUAACAAAUAUGUGGGUGGGUAGCAAGUACUUGCUGGAUCAUCAGGGAUUGUUUUACUGCAGAGAUCAGGGAUUAAGGCCCAUGGAAAGAGACUUUUUUUCUGGGGCCCAUAUUUCCUGUUCUAUAAUAAAAAGACUCGAGAAUUUAUGUAAAAUGUUUCUGUAUGC